AUGUUGUCAAGUACAGACAGUAAAUUUUAUUUUAUCUCUAUCAUUAUUAUUAUUUUUUCCAUAAAAUUAAAUAUCUCAGAAUGUCGAAUCAGUGAAAAUAUCAUCGCCAGUGAAAUAUGGAACCAACUUGAGCCCAUAAGUGAAUUCCACCGGAUUAAUACGAAUAAUUAUUUGAAUAGAAAUGUGACAGUAUCACCGAAUUGCGAUGACCAGGUCCAAAUAUUCAUGAGCGCACUCAGAAAUUUCGAGCAGUGGGCACUUGAAAUGUUCGACGCAUCUUCGAAACUACCGUCGGGAUUAAUCCGAGGAAAUCUCAAGGAUCUGGGAAUGUAUGAUCAGUGUAUAGCAAUAAAUGUGACUAAAAAUAACACGAUAAUAAGAGGACGUCAUUGCAUGUACACCGCAGCAAUUACUUUAUCAGAUGCUACUACACUUCCGUUAUCGCCGACGCUCUCUGUCUGUUUACCGUCGGCUUGUGAUAAGGAUCAGGUUAUCGAAAAAAUGCAGAUGCUCUUUGAUUUUCUCGAGGACUUUCUCAAUGGCAAUAAAAUUAAUGUUACCUCGGCUGUUUGCUCGGUUGUAGAUAAUAAUUCAUGGAAUCUGGGUACUAUCAUUACAAUAGGAGUGUUGGGAAUAUUAAUAAUAUUUCUAACGAUAUGUACACUAUGCGACUUAUUAAUUAGAGUUAAUCAUAUUAAUAAUGUUAACUUCUUUAAUACACUGUCAAAAUUUUCAUUAAUCGUUAAUGGCCAGCGUAUAUUAAACACUCGAGUACCGAAAGACAAUUUGCCAGUAAUCACAGGGCUAAGGUUCUACAGCAUGAGUUGGAUUAUCCUCGGACACUCUUUUCUGAUGAAUUUACUUGGCAGUGUUGUUAAUAUAGCUGACGCCAUGACGUGGUUUCGUUCAUGGAAUUCUUUGUACAUUCUAAUUGCGCCAUUUGCAGUAGAUUCAUUUUUCGUAAUGAGUGGAUUUUUGACGUCUUAUUUAUUUAUAAAAGAAAUGGCAAAAGGUAGAAAAUUUAAUAUUUUCCUUUACUAUAUCCAUCGGUACAUAAGAUUAACGCCAGCGUUCAUGGCACUAUUUUUAAUAGUGACUUAUUUACUACCAAGUAUGGGGUCAGGUGCAUUGUGGGAUGCGACCAUGAACGCACAAAGUGGAUAUUGUAAAAAAAAUUGGUGGCCUAUGUUACUCUAUGUCCACAAUUAUGUUUACAAAGACGGUCCAGCGUGCUUGGGACACACAUGGUACCUCGCAGUUGACAUGCAAUUAUUCUGGCUGUCACCAUUAAUUAUCUAUCCACUUUACAAAAAACCGAAAAUUGGAUUAUUUAUUUUAUAUUCUGCCAUUAUUGCCUCGAUUAUUACACCAGCGGUUAUUGUGGGUAUUAAUAAAUUUACUGUAGCGCUGACACCGACUUCAGAUUUGAGUAAAACGCAAGAUAUGAUGUUGUAUUUUUACAUCGUCACUUAUACAAGAGCCGGCCCAUGGCUACUGGGAAUAUUACUCGGCUACUAUUUGUCAUCAAAUCGCAAUUUUCUACCAAAAAGUAUCAUAAAAUUAGGGUGGUUUCUAGCAAUCGUUGCCUUUGCAUACUCAUUUUUUACCUAUCGGAUUUAUCAGAGUGAAAAGUACGAAUGGAAUAUUUAUUGGGAAACAUUCAAUGCCGGUAUUGCGAGACAUGUUUGGGCAUUUGGAGUCUGUUGGAUUAUUUACGUCUCAACUAUGGGCCAUGGAGGUGUUCUAUCAAAGUUUCUGUCAUUACCAAUUUAUCUACCAUUCAGCAGAAUAUCGUACUCGAUAUACUUAAUCCAUUACGUUGUUCAAACAAUUAAAGCAAGUUCCGCAAGAGUGCCGUCUUAUUUUAGCGACUACCAAAUGCUGGAUACAUUUUUUAGCGAUUUGCUGAUCUGCAUUAUCGGCGGAUUUAUUUUCAGUCUCUUAUUCGAGUCGCCAUUUUUAGUUCUUGAGAAAUUAAUACUCGGUGAUAAAACAAGUGCAUCUCAUUCUGAUAAUCAUAAUAAUGAUAUAAAUAAAUUACAAGAUGAACCGCAAAAUAAUUCAAUAGAAAACGGUCACGUUAAUCAAGGAUUUGAAAAUUCUAAAAAUUUCGUGUAAUUCUUUACUCAAAUAAAUUAUGUGUAUACUAAAUAAAUAAAUUUUUUAUUCAUUA